AUGGCGGGAGCCUCAGGGGACGGGGUCUCCAUGUCUAUGCACCACUUGCCUCCAAAACAGCGGUCUCUGUCUGUGGAGCGCAAGUGCCCACGGAGCUCCUGGCCACCCCCUGCCGCCGGCCGGGCCUGGCCCCCCAAGGGCCCUCAGUCCUGGGCACCCCCUCUUCUGGACACCUGGAACCAGCGCAGGCCCUCCGGACCCCAGUUACCUGUGCCUGGGAGACGUCCAUCGGAGCUGCCCCACAGGAGCCACGCAGGUGCAGUGGCCAGUGGGCGGAAGGCCCUGUCUGGGAGCCGCUCCAACAGCAUUGUCACCUCGUCCAUCCUGCCUCCUGGGAGCCCAGAGGAAGGCGAAGAUGUUGCCAAGUGUUCAGAGCUGACCAUGGGCCACCCCGCCAGCCCCCCCAGGGGACACACCCUGGUCCAGGAGGAGGCUGCAGCUUGUGAGAGCUUUGUCCUUGUGCACAAGGGCUCCCUGGAAAAGACAAGCCACCCAAUGGCAGAUGCUGCUGCUUAUCACAUCCACUGUUACCUGUCACACAUCAUGAUGAGUGUCACCGUCACUGGUGCCACCACUCCUCCUGCCCCCACCCCAGGCUCGGGAGGCCAGUCUGCACCGCCCAGUGAGGACAGGCCAAGUGCCAGCGAGCCCCUGGGGGUGGCCAGCGCCAGGCUGGAGUACUGGGAGGCUGACCCUGUCCUGCCCCCACCUGUACGCUGGCUGCAGGAGGUGGCCAUUGGGUCAGACGGACAAGGACUUCUCUUCCUAGAUGAAGAAAACGGCCCAGGUGCUGGGCAUGUCCCUGUCAGACAAGGACACAGAGCUGCUGCCCACGGACAUGAGGCACCAGGGUACGGCUCGCCCCAGCCCGCACAGCCCAGUUCCUUCAACUAUGUCAAGUUCUUUGAGCACGUGCAGAGCUUCCAGGCCUCUGCGCAGCUGGAGAGCGUCAUCCGCGAGACCUACCAGACCCUGGACAAGGACAGGAGAGGCUUUGUCGAGUGGAAUGAGAUCAAGUACAUCCCGUCUGCCAUCCCCAGCAGCGGGCCAGCCCUGAUCCAGGUGGCCGACACAGACGGGGACAGGAAGAUUGACUACGAAGGUUGUGCUGGGCCCGACCUGCGGCCACAUGGGCCCAUGCGCCCACGCUUCACACAGCAGCCGCGUUCUGCUGGCGGGGUCCCCGGGGCCAGUGCUUGGGCCUCUGCCCCACCCACACCUGCUCGCCCGGCGGGCUCCCCCGUCUCAUGGUUUAAGUGCCACUUGAAAGCUGGCAGCCCCCGCCUGGCCUGGGGCCCCUGUCCCAGCCCCGCAUCCUGCGUGGAAGACCCAAUGCCCCGGUGCGGCCACUUGGCCUCUUCAGCCAAGCACCACCUGCCCCAGGGUCUUUGCACAGCUGUCCCAUGGCCUGGCACACUCUUCCCUGGAAAUCCAGCUGAGACAAACUCCCUCUUCUCCUUCAAUGCUUUCCUCAAGUGUCACAUCCCAUCCCAGACCCAGGGCAUCAGCCCCCACCCUUCCCCUAACUGCCCCCCAGAGCAAAAAAAGGUCAGAGGUAAAAAGAAGGGCAAAGGUGGGCAGUGCCACACUAAGGAGAGGAAGCAGGUGCGGCUGAACUGUGACCAGAUAAGGGAGACUCUGCAGCUGGUGGAGGGCUUGGGCCAGGUGGCCCCUGGCUGCCAGCGUCCAGCCCCUUCCCCACCUCCCUCCUGGGACAUGGACUGGCUCCUGCUACAGCUGGCAGAGGCUCUCGCCAGGACGUGCCUUGGUCUCCCCCGGCCCAGGGUGUGGGUGGGCCUCCCGAGUCGAGCCCAGCUCCUGGUGGAGCCACGGAAGCAGCCCGAGUCAGUCUGUGGCGACACAGCCGUCAUCCUCUACUUCUCUCAGCAGCUCUCGCCAGGACGUGCCUUGGUCUCCCCUGGCCCAGGGGUCACCUACAACUUCCAGGCUGCACUCCACCUUUGGUUUGAGCUCCACAAGCUGGCCUCUGGGAUCCCCGUGCCCCAGGUCCUCGCACAGUUUGUCCCAGAGUCUCUCCAGCCAUGGGGGCACACAAUAGCAGCUGGGGGCUUCGAGCACCUGCAGACUGGGGUGGUCUCAGAGCCCCUUCCAGGAGAGAGGACGACUGACAUCUUCCUGGGCCAGGCCAAGAAUGAGGGGCCGUUCUCUGUGCCUGGGCAGCGGAGCUACAUCAGGGCACAGGACGAGGUGGAGUGUGUGGACAUGGGGGUCGGGCUGAGAGUGGGGAGGCUGCUGGCCUGGCCUUGA